AUGAAUUCAACACACGUUUCAUCCGAUAAACUAUAUUUCAUUCAAUUCUUAUCAUCAAUACUACUGUUUAUCAUAAUAUUCUUAACAAUAAUUGGAAACGUGUUAAUAAUAACCUCGGUCAUAACAACACCUAAACUCAAAAUACGUCCCAAUUAUUUAAUACUAUCGCUCAGUAUAACCGAUCUCCUGAUCGGUGUCUUCUCAAUGCCUGUUACGGCAUACUAUCGUAUCGUAUAUGUAAGCGAUUGGAAAAUGGGAUCAAUUAUGUGUGACAUUCACUACUUCGUGACCGGGGUCUGUACGGCCUCAUCAUUUCUACACCUCAUGUGUAUAGCCAUCGAUCGGUACCUAUCGGUCACAAGAAUACAGUACUCGAGGAAUAAAUCCUUAACACAUAUAAAGACAAUGAUUUCAUUUUCGUGGACUUUUGCUAUACUUGUCACGUGUUGGCCCGUACUUGGGUUCAGAGAUAAUCAAAUAUUUAUGGAUAGAAUCCGUAUAAACCUUUGUGUACCGUCUGAUAGAAAUGAUCUGGCUAAGAUUGCAGUUCUCAUGCAAUACCUAAUACCAAUUUGCGUAAUGGCACCACUAUAUUAUGGCGUCUAUAAGAAAUCAAUUGAAUUCAAAAAUAAGACUAAACCUAAAGAGACAAAUGAAUUUCAAAGACACAAACCAUUGGAUAAAAGUGACAAAAUAAUGCGCCGGGAGUUCCGAGUAGCAAGGACAUUGGCUAUCAUUACCAUUGUCCACAUGUUAUGCCUAUUACCAUUUAAUAUAUUACUAUUUACAACAGAUAUGAAUGCCAUUGACCACAAGUCUAUGACAGGCCUCCUAUCAGUCAUUUGGUUAGUGUUUUUCAAUUCAACACUCAAUCCAAUACUCUAUGAGGUGUUUAUUGUCAUCUUUUCUACAAUAAUUGGUAAUAUUUUGGUCAUAACAGCGGUUAUAACGACACCUAAACUCAAAAUACGAUCAAAUUAUUUGAUAUUAUCUCUGAGUAUAACCGACCUCUGCGUCGGUGUGUUUGUAAUGCCUGUUAUGGCCUAUUAUAUUGUUGUGGAUGUAGGCACAUCAUUUUUCCACAUCAUUGCCAUAGCCAUCGAUCGGUACUUAUCGGUCACAAGAAUACAAUACUCGAGGAAUACAUCGAAUGGACAUAUAAUAGCAAUGAUUGCCUUUUCGUGGAUAUUUCCGCCGAUUAUGACUAUAUGGCCCGUAAUUGGUUGGAGGGAUAACGAGAUGCAUAUGAAUAAGAUUAAUAGAAAUAUCUGUUACCCAAUGGGAGAUACUAAAUCAAUUGAAUUCAGAGAUAAACUUAAAAACAGAGAAAUUCGUGAAUUUAAAAGACAACAAUCGAUGGAUAAAAAUGACAAAAUAAUGCGCCGGGAGUUCAGAGUAGCCAGGACGUUAGCCAUCGUUACCGUUGUAUUAGUGCUAUGUUACACACCAUUUAAUAUUUUAUUUAAUACAAUUGAUGUUGACAAAUUAGAUUCCUUAGUUAUGCUAAAAUUUCAAAUAACCAUUUGGAUAGUGCUUUUGAAUUCAACGUUAAAUCCAAUACUCUAUGGAUUAUUAAAUCGCGAUUUUCGUAUUGCAUUCAAACGAUUGUUAAAAAUAUAG